GGAUGUGAAAUCAGUGUGCAGAUAAGAGCAGAAAUCGUACCACGUUGCGGAUACCGAAAAAUGAAGACAACGAAGAAUGGCGUUCCUUUACCCGUUCGUGUGUGUGUCACAUUUUCUGCUCCUCUCGAACAACCCGCAAUGCUGAAUAGCAACGUCAACGAGUCUGCCGAAUUGACGAGAACGGAUGCACAGCAGUCACAUGCGGGACGAAAGCGUCUGGAUGGUGACACACAGAGAGGUCGUUGUUACGGUCACGUGCUCUAUAUCUCCAGUUGGCCAGCAAUCCGCGUAAUUUCCCGCAACACCUCUCGCGACGAGGAGGUUGCCGCCGGAAGCGCCUCUGAGGCGCCUUCCCAGAAGCGAGGGGGGCAGGUGGGCGCAGGUGGGGGAUGCGCGCCCCCUCCUCUCCCAGCCUGACGUCAGCGGGAGAGCCGGCGCGGCGAAGGCCUGCGGCCGUCACUCGUCUACUCGCGACCAAGCCAGACAGAACGGCGAGUUGUGGUGCCCGGACGGUAUAUAAACGGCCGGCCCAUGGCACGGGCCACGACCUCUGGUCUCCGGCGGCGGCCGCCCCCCAGCGCAGCAUGCCGCGCUUCGGACGCCUGAGCCUGGCCGGCCCACCGGUCCUCCUGCGCGCGGUCAUCGGUGGGCUUGUGCUCCUAGUAGUGUCAGAAUCAGUCACUUCCAUGCCCACGAAAUCGACGCCGGAGUGGAGGAGGAUAUCAGACGAAGCUUACUUCUCUGAUCUUCUCUAUCCUUGCAGUGAUGACCUGCCUCAGGUGCAACCCGCAGGUCCACCCACCGAUACGUUUGCCAUUGAAUACGUGAAAAUACUUGGCGAGCGAACGACGGCGUGCCUAGGGCACGCCAGCAAGCUUCUGGCCGUGGUAAGUGGGGUGCGACAGCUGCUGACCUUGCUGCACGCGGCGCUCUUCCAUGCCGUCCUAGCGGCAGCCAGGUUUAACCCGGUUCCCUCGCAACGGCUCUGA